AUGGAAGCGCCAGCGGAUUUAUUUGAUUCAGGCUACGUUAACGAAUUACACAUACAGGCUUUCAUCAACGCCCUACAGUCGGACGACCUAGAUGGACAUGAUGCUUUAUCAACAGCUUCACCCCACACCGUUCCUAGCUCCCCUGUGCCACAGAGUCCUCGAGUGAGGAAGGUCUCCGCUCUUUCCGAUUUCGCUCCAAUCAACUUGAAGGUGAAGAGAAAACGAAAGGGGGAUAGGUCUACGGGUAGGAGGCAAGAGUGGUCGUUUCUCGUACUCCGAUGGCCACUCCUGUUUCUAAUAUUUGUCCUCAUCGCGGCUCAAUUCGGAUUCUACAUCCUUAUUAGACAACUUGUAAAUACCAAAGAAUGGCUGCUGGCAUGCAAGUUUGACCUUGACUGGCGAGGGCAGAAAGGCCUUCUACGAAAGCGUCUUCGUGGGGCACGCACAUAUCAGGAAUGGAAGGAAACGGCAAUGAUGCUCGACAAAUACCUUUUAUUCAAUGACUGGAAGAAGGUUGACGAGGAUGCAUUUUAUGAUUGGAAACUUCUGCGCAAGGUGAAUCGGUCGUUGAAGAUUUUGAGAGAGAAGAAAGAUGUUCGCGGCGUUCUCGGUGUAUUAGAGACAUGUAUCCGAACCAAUUUUGUGGGAGUCGAAUCUUCCAGGCUUUACAGUGAAACUUUUCUGGGCACCAAGGACUUAAUCGAAUCAUAUCAUACAGAGUUGCAAAGCGCAUUACAAUUCGUUCGAGAGUCCUCAGAGCUUUCUAUUGAAGAGAAGAGGAGGUUCUUCAAAAAUGCUAGUACUAAUCUGGGAACAUCUGCCUUGUGUCUCUCAGGUGGCGCGUCUUUUGGAUAUUACCAUUUUGGUGUAGUGAAAGCUUUCCUAGAUGCAGGGUUGCUUCCCCGGGUUAUUGCUGGAACAUCCGCUGGUGGUCUGGUCGCCGCUAUGGUAUGCACACGUACAGAUGCGGAACUGAAGAUUCUUCUUGUUCCGGAACUCGCCCAAAAACUGACGGCAUGUGAAGACACCUUCACUGUAUGGAUAAAGCGUUUUUGGGCCACCGGCGCAAGAUUCGACAGUGUCGCAUGGGCUCGUAAAUGCACAUUCUUUACAAGAGGUUCUAUGACCUUUCGGGAAGCCUAUCUACGGACCGGGCGAAUACUCAACAUUUCUGUCGUCCCUGCUGAUCGCCACGCUCCCACGAAGCUCCUGAAUUACAUGACUGCACCGGACACGAUAAUUUGGACGGCCCUACUCGCUUCAGCAGCUGUACCCGGGAUUCUCAACCCGGUUGUACUGAUGCAAAAACUCCACGAUGGCCGCGUAGUGCCAUGGAAUUGGGGUAGUAAGUUCAAGGACGGGUCUUUAAGGGUUGACAUUCCUCUUCAAGCUCUCAAAAUGUACUUCAAUGUUACCCAUCCGGUUGUGUCGCAAGUAAACCCUCAUGUCCAUUUAUUCUUCUUUGCACCUCGUGGGUCGGCAGGAAAACCGGUAGCUCACAGGAAAGGAAAGGGCUGGCGAGGCAAUUUUCUUCUGUCUGCGGCGGAACAGUGGCUCAAACUGGAGCUCACAAAGAAUUUCAAGGUGAUUCGUGAUCUCGAGCUUCUUCCGCAGUUACUCGGACAAGACUGGUCUAGCGUCUUUCUGCAACGUUUUGAUGGGGCUGUCACAAUCUGGCCGAGAACGCGAAUUUUGGAUUGGUUACAUAUCUUGAGUGACCCAGACUCGGCCGAGCUCGAACGAAUGAUGAAAGUUGGGCAAGUUGUAACAUGGCCUAAGUUGCAUAUGAUCGAAAAUCGGUUUCGCAUAGAGAAUGAGAUUCUCAUGGGUCGACAGGCAGUCCGCAUGGCAAUUGACCGGGUUCGGUCUCGUACAAAUCCCGGUGACACCCGGAAUAAUAAUAUUAUUGUUAACGGUCAAGCCGUCCCUGAGCCCGUUACCGGUCCACGACUUCGUACAAGGUCCGAGUCGCCAAUACCAUUGGACUCGGAUACCGAACGUGCAUUCGAAGACAAUGGCACGGCUUGGUACUUCCGUCGUGGUCGCCCUACAUCUGUCACUCCACGGGAAUCUGAGACGAGCACAUCGCAUGAAAACAACUAUAACAAUACUACCGACCCUUUACGUUCUCCUGUUCUGCGUCGCAAGUGGGCAUCUGAUCUCCUCGAUCGCAACGGCGAUAGCGGAGUUGGAAACUCGUCUGCAAGCCCGCGUACAACCACGCCAGAACCGUCUGCUGAUGAUCCAAGGCAAAACGCUUCUAAUUCAUCCACAUUCUUCAGAAAUCUUAGGCCAGGAUCGUUGUCGAUAUCAUUCUCGGGUUCUAAUAGACCUGCCAGAUCCAAUGGGAGGGGUUUGAGUGUAGAUGCAUCAGAAUUUGCCUGGAGCAGUGAAAGCUCAUCGGAGGAUGAAUUAGAUCACCUCCAACCACAGCCUGCUCUUCACUUGAAUACCGAAUUCAAUGAAGAUGCAGUUUCAGAUGGAGAAGGAGUAGAUUCAAACUGA